CAUCACAUGACAUUUGCAGUUUUUCGAUUUCGGUCAUCGACGGUAUCGGAGAUGGUCUUCAAGCGUGUGAUGGGGCUUUAUAGAUAAGGACUUCACAAAAUAAUAAAUUUGUUUCGUCGUUUGAAGCCACGAAUAACUUUCACUUGGCUUUACGCCAUGGACGCCAGAAACGAUUCAUUGACAUUACAUUUUGGACUACGUGAUAUUAGCUUGCUAGAUAACUUGCUAAAUUAGCUCCCGUUGACUUGUAAUCUAAAUGAGAGCAAGGUCUGAUGCUACCUAGCCAAUUUUUAUGAAAAUCUCGUCGUUAUGUGUAGUUAGCUGACUUACUGUUGUUGGCUAGCAAUGCUAGGGGCUAGCUAGCAAACACAGACAUACAAUGGUGUGCAGCUAACGUUAGAGAUGCGUGGAGCUUGCUCGAACUUGCUUGGUCUAACUUACUCAAAAUGCUCCGUUAUUUAGUAGGUAGCUAAGUUACUUGCAGAAACCAUUUAUAUUGCUUGCUUGUUAGCUACCUAGCUUUCUACUGCAGUUUUCAAACAAGAUAGCUAACGUUAGCAAGGAUUAACUACUUCCUUGAAGUCUAUUGUUACUCAUCUUGGGAUAUUUUAGUUGGAUGUUGAGCCUCCAUCACUAACCACGAUAUUACUGACCAGAUAAGAGGCUAACAUUGCAUAGAGUUACUUGUUCAGUGGUUGAACUUGUUGACAAGACUUGCUCUCAUUGCUAAUAUAGCUGGAUCCAUAACUCAGUUAGAUGGCAAACGUUAGCUAACUUAAUUGUCUUGAAUGACGGGGACUUAAAUCAAAAGCGCAUCAGACCAUGUUUUUGUGCUGGUCUUACUUUCAAGAGACAAUUGUCAUUAGUUAAAUAAAUAGCUAGCCAGCUAUUUAAGUCAGUUGCUGAGGAUGACUGACCCAGAAAGUCCCCUUUCAAAUUCUGUUUUGGGAGACUUGCAGUGGCUUUGCAUGGUAACACUGUUCAUUGCAUCCAGCAUUACAUUGAUACUGUAUCUAAUACAGUAUUUUUACGACGAUCUACGGAUACAGAAGCCUGAGCAAAACAAUGCGGUUUCGGAGGAAGCGGACGCUCUGUUGGGAUGGGCGCUGUCACUGAAAAGCUGGAAAAGUCAAUGGAGAGUUGCUUGGUGCAGAGCGUUGAAUGACGAAUCGAGGAAGUCUGGGUUGUUGGGGUAUAGCUUUUUGCUGACCACCACCUGACCCAGGUACUCCUAACUCACACAGAGCCCAGUGCAACUAACAUUUGAAGAGGAGAGCCUUCAGUCAUCAGAGCUGGUGGUUGGCCAAGUGUCCAGCUUUAAAAAAUCUGCUGGUCAGAAGGCUGCACAAUACAAGGUUGUCGGGGACAAGCUUCAGUUCUCCCUCAGUGCCUCACCAUCAGCUAUGUCUCCAGGAGAGCCCUGUAGGUACAGCGUGAAGAUAUCGACACUUGAACUGCAGUUGGACUUGCAGAUAAGGGAGGCUGAAGGAGAGGUCUGGGUGGGCUGGGGGGUGUCCCAUCUGGAGACAUGGGACCUGCAGCUCAGCCCCAGCUUCACACAGGACAAUGCCACAGGCCCAAGUGUGGCUGCAGUAAAGGACGUGCUGAGACAGCUGCUGUGUGUGGCGCGUCCCUCCGUGAUGCUGAGUUGCAGGCCUGCUCAGGCCACAGAGGUCAAGGAGGCCUGUAAGCAGGUGACAUCACCGCCCAAGCCCCCCCGCGCUCACGACUGGAAGCUACUGGUGAAGAAUAUCCGGGUGACAUGUAAGGAGCAGGAGGACGGUGCUGCAGGCAGUAUGAAUCCCCUGUGUGUGCUGCAGCUAGACGACCCUCCACAGAAACUCUCCACUUCAGUCCUACAAAACACAGCCAGCCUAGCCUGGGACCAGCCCUUCAUCUUUGAGCUGAAUGGACGAUCAAAAGAGCUCAAUAUUCAGCUGCUGGAUGAUGGGAAACCUCAGGAGAACUCCUUAAUGGGUCAAGUGUCUGUGCCUUUUCAUCUGGUGAAGAAGCAACCCAAAGGACAGCAAACAUUUGCCCUCAUAUCCAAAGACCAAGUGACUGGGUCACUUACUGCUGAGUUUACCUACUUGGAACCUAGCGAGGUGCGGUCGUGGCAGCCCCCUACUCCAGCCCUCACUAAGAGAGUGGAAAUGGACCGCACGGUCAUGCCCUGUGGUACUGUGGUCACCACAAUCACUGCAGUGAAGAGUAAACCAGCUCGACCGCUACUGCCUGGACUGAGCAAAAAUCCCACCCAGCAGACCCCCUUGAAGCCUCCCAGCGGCACCAAGUCCAAGCUGUCGUCUCGGAGGGUGUCAGAGCAGCCAUCCAUGCUGGGGACGAUGGGGAGUAAGGCCCUGUCCUCCUCUGACACAGAGCUGCUUAUGCUCAAUGGGUCCGAUCCCGUGGCAGAGGCCGCCAUCCGCCAGCUCCACGAGUCAGCCAAGCAGAAGCUCAAGUCCCCGGUCAAGAAGAGCACCAUCAUCAUCUCAGGAGUGGCCAAGACCCCUCUUUCUCAGGAUGAUGAGAUGGCAUUGAUGGUGGGCUACGCUGCUGCGAUGGAUGCCUCCAUGUCGGAGCAGGGUUCUCAGGAGAUUUCUGUGGCGACUGCUUCAGUAGUAGGAGCCAGUAGCAACCUCCCGGAGGCGUGGUCAGAACCCCAGGAGGGCCCCAGUGGAGUUGUCCAGGCUCAAGCCCAGCAGGCCCCGGAGGACUGGGAGAGCCAAGCAGGAGAGGACCCAGACAGAGAUGCAGAUAAAACCUCCAUGUCCCUCUGCAUCUCAGAGUCGGGCUCCAAAAAGAGCAGGGGAGGCGGCUUCCUACAAAAGAGUGCCAAGCUGUUCUUCCGCCGGCGCCGCCAGUGCAAGGACCCGGGUAUGAGCCAGUCGCACAACGACCUGGUGUACCUGGAGCAACCUGUGACGGUGGACCGAGAGAAACGCACAGCCACUUUCAGCCGGAUGUUGAACCGCAAGCUGCUGCCCAAGAGCAAGAGCAAAGCCAACGGCUCCACAACCCAGACAUCCACCCCCACCCUGGAGGAACAACACGCAGCCUGACUCUCCCUCCAAUAGUUCUGGAGCCCCCCACGCCACCUCUAACCCCUUCUUUAGUCCUCCAGCCCCCCACGCCGCCACUCCUACCAUCUCUAACCCCUUCUUUAGUCCUCCAGCCCCCACGCCGCCACUCCUACCACCUCUAACCCCUUCUUUAGUCCUCCAGCCCCCACGCCGCCACUCCUACCAC